UCCUCCCUUUGAGGUGAAGGAGACAGGCACAGAUGUGAAGGCAGAGAUGUCUCUGGUCCUCGCCUGUCUGCUGGUUUUCCUGGUGGGCUGCUCAGGAUGUCAGCACCGCGCCUGCUGCUGCGUGGGCAGGGUCUUCGUUUGUCAGGAAAGCAAGGUGGUCCAGGUUCCCCAGGACAUCCCUGCCAACACCACCGAGCUGAGAUUUGUCCUCACCAAGAUGAGAGUCAUUCCAAAAGGAGCUUUCGCAGGACUUGGUGACCUAGAGAAAAUAGAGAUCUCACAGAAUGAUGCCUUGGAGGUCAUAGAAGCAAAUGUGUUUUCCAAUCUUCCCAAACUACAUGAAAUAAGAAUUGAGAAGGCCAACAAACUCGUGUACAUUGAUCCAGGUGCCUUCCAACACCUUCCGAGCCUCAGAUAUUUGUUAAUAUCAAACACUGGCCUCCGGUUUCUACCUGCUGUCCAUAAGGUGCACUCUUUCCAGAAGGUUCUACUAGAUAUUCAAGACAAUAUCAAUAUACGUACAAUUGAAAGAAAUUCAUUCACAGGCCUGAGUUCUGAAAGCGUGAUUCUAUGGCUGAAUAAAAAUGGGAUUCAGGAAAUUGAGAAUCAUGCAUUCAAUGGAACCUGCCUGGAUGAGCUAAAUCUAAGUGAUAAUCGCAACCUGGAAAAAUUACCGGAUGAGGUCUUCCAAGGAGCCAAUGGGCCUGUUGUUUUGGAUAUUUCAAGGACAAGAAUCAGUUUCCUGCCAAGUCAUGGAUUAGAACUCAUUAAGAGGCUAAGAGCAAGGUCUACAUAUAAUUUAAAAAAGCUUCCUGAUUUAAGCAAGUUUAGAUCUUUGAUUGAGGCAAACUUCACCUAUCCUAGCCAUUGCUGUGCAUUUACAAACUGGAAAAGACAAAACACCGAAUUACAUCCGAUAUGUAGAAUGUCUCAGGCCAAGCAAGACCUUGAUGAGCAGCCUGGAGAUAAGACACACAGACGAUCUGCAGCUGAUGAUUAUUUUUCCAACUACGGCAUAGGAUUUGACCCAGCAGAGAACGAAUUUGACUAUGGUUUAUGCAAUGAAGUAGUUAACGUAGCUUGCUCACCUAAACCUGAUGCUUUCAAUCCCUGUGAAGAUAUCAUGGGAUACAACGUUCUGCGAGUCUUGAUAUGGUUUAUCAGCAUUUUAGCAAUCACUGGGAACAUUAUUGUCCUCAUUAUUUUAAUAAGCAGUCAAUACAAGCUCACCGUACCUCGCUUUCUCAUGUGCAAUCUUGCAUUUGCAGACCUUUGCAUAGGUAUCUAUCUGCUGUUCAUCGCAUCGGUAGAUAUCCAGACCAAAAGCCAGUAUUAUAACUAUGCCAUAGACUGGCAAACUGGGGCAGGAUGCAACGCUGCAGGAUUCUUUACAGUGUUUGCAAGUGAACUCUCAGUCUAUACGCUGACUGUGAUAACCCUGGAAAGGUGGCACACCAUCACCUACGCCAUGCAACUGGACCGCAAGGUUCGACUUCGUCAUGCUGUGAUUAUCAUGAUUUUUGGCUGGAUGUUUGCUUUUACAGUGGCACUUUUUCCCAUAUUCGGAGUCAGCAGCUACAUGAAGGUCAGCAUCUGUUUGCCCAUGGAUAUAGAAACACCGUUUUCUCAAGCUUACGUUAUAUUUCUUCUAGUAUUGAAUGUACUCGCAUUUUUUAUUAUAUGUGCCUGCUACAUCUGCAUCUACUUUACUGUGAGAAACCCUAAUGUCAUCUCGUCAAAGAGUGACACCAAGAUUGCCAAGCGCAUGGCCAUACUGAUAUUCACGGACUUCCUCUGCAUGGCACCAAUAUCUUUUUUUGCAAUAUCAGCCUCACUCAAGGUUCCUCUCAUCACAGUGUCCAAAUCCAAGAUCCUUCUGGUUUUGUUUUACCCCAUCAAUUCCUGUGCUAACCCUUUCCUCUAUGCCAUUUUCACAAAGACCUUCCGCAGGGAUUUCUUCAUUCUGUUGAGCAAGUUUGGUUGCUGUGAAAUGCAAGCCCAGAUGUACAGAACAGAGACCUCCUCAUCUGCUCAUAAUUUGCACACAAGAAAUGGCCAUUGCCCUCCUCCUGCAUUAAAAAACAGUGGUGGGACUAUUUAUUCAUUGGUGCCUCUGAAUCACUUGAACUGAACUGCUUGCAUUAAUUGGUGUCUGAAGCAGUGUGAUAAUCACUUUCAACUGUGAAUUUAAAUAAUGACUUCAGCAUAGCAUGUAAACUUAUUUUUUAGGAGCAAAAAAUAUUUCUGUUUUGCUAUUUUUGUUCAGUGAACAGCCAUAAGAGAUGACACAUCAUCUCCAUCAGUUCUUGAAGAACAAAGAACAGAACUUCAGUAUGUGCCAGAGUGUUCGUGUAGACUUGUCUCAAGAAAUAAACGAGAGUAUAAACUGGUAUCUCCCACCAUACAGGAAGAGAAUCCCUUCGUUCUAAGAAGAUGUUAGCUGCUUAUUGAGAAUUAAGUGGUGGUUAUAUAUGGUUGAAUGAAAAAAAAUUCAGAAUUAAUUUUUUUGCCUGUGAAGCAUGUUAUAAAAAUGACAGAUAAUUGGGUCUUUUCAUUAAUCAUACCUCCUGGGCUUACAGGAGGCAGAAGGUCAACUCCUUCAGCACAGACUUACUAGGGAUGAGAAUAUCUUGGUUUGUUUCCAUUUCUGUUGGCCACAGCAGAGGAGCAGGAGACAUCUCCAGCUGUGCUGAUGUUUGCUGUUCCACGCUGCAUGGACCUGCCUUAGUCUGCACAACUUUGGGUAGGAUUUGCGCUGAUCUAGAAUGGUGGGCUCAGAGAACCAGAUUUCAUCUGAGUUUGGAUCAAGGGGUUGAUUUGGUUUCAAGGCAAGAAAGAGGAAGAGCAAGAGCAGGAGAAACCCAUUGCAAUAAGGGGGGUGUUUUCUCAAGUUGAUCUCACCAAGUUGGGUUGAAAUCACUACUGUGGGGCUGGUGCCCCUGGGUUAUGGCAGGACAGGCCAGUGGGCUGCUCUAACAUGGUACCUGAAGCAGGUUGGCCAUACAGAGGCAUUAGUGCAUUAUGUAUGCUGCCUAGGCUGUGUAAAGGACGACAGAUCCAGAUAUGGCUUUUGAAAACCUGAACAAAAGUUUUUGUGAAAUCCUAAAAGUUCUCUUUCCCCUGCUCUUCUAAAAAAAGUCCUUCAUGUGCACAUUCUCAGGUGAUGGUCUAGAUGGAAAGACCUGAAAGAAAACAUAUGCUGCAUUUGUUGAAAUAACAAAAAAGAGAAAAACGUCUUAAUUGAGAUUUCCUGAUUUUACAGGGGUUUUGAAUAACAUCUCAAUGAUCAUACAGAGUUUUUACAUGGUUUGAAUAUCAAACUUUUUGAGGGUUAAUCAUUCCAAAUCACACCAAAGAUUUAGGCUUGUGUAGGGUUUUCUCAUGCUGAUUGCGUGUCUCUGUGUGGGUAUGUGGGCAUAAAGAAAACACCAGGAUAGGGGUCUGGGCUUCAUUCCCACCUUGCAAACAAUUCACAGUUUUGCCCCAUGAGAAAACUUCAGGAUCUUCAUGGUUAAAGGUGAUGUGCUUUGAAUGUUUCUUGCCCACAACUCCUGAAAUUUCAGUAGCAAAUCUUGAUGCUUCUACCCAUAAUUUCCUGCCAUCAUCUUCAUAUUUCAGCACCUGAACCUGAUGUGAAUAACUGCAGGAGACGAUUAGUCGUUCAGUCCUAGCCAGGGAAGGAAGUACCAGCUUCCUAGUGUGUAAACCAGUGUGUUUGAGGGCAGAAAUUUCAUUACCCAAGACAAGUAACACUCCCUCCAAGAUCCAGGAGAAGGAAGAAUGAAAGAGCAAAACAGGAAAGGCAGUUCAUCUCUGGAAAGCUCUUCGGAUUCCUUAGAGGAAUAAUUUCUUCACAAAUGCUUUGUGUCACAUACAAUGUACUGGUGUGUAGCCAUUUAACCCCACCCCGAUGGAAGUGUCUGAAUGGUGAUGUUCCAAAACGACAAAUAUCCUAAUUCCAUUAAAAAAGGCUCCUGAAUAUUCUUGGACCAAAAAUGAGGGGUGUUCUUUGGCAAAUAGUAGCCCAUUUUUGUGGAUAAACAGGGCAAAUUCUUGUAGUGCAUCCCACUUUUUUGCCUGGGUGCUGAACGUUUGCAAAGGCAGCAGGAUGAGACCUGUCAGCUCAGGGCAGCACAGGCAUGGUCUAGAAGCCAGCCUUGUAAACCCUCUGGCAGCUGCUACAUCAGGCACAUGAGCUUGGUACGGCUCAGCUCCUUGAUGCAAAAACUUUGCCCAGACAUUUGUAGAAUCACAACCAAGUUGCAUAUGAUUUACAAAUGAAAACCCCUGAAAAAAAGACCUUGCAGGUUUGUGUCUUGUAGCCAGAGUCAGACCAGGGCCCGAGGGAUGAAGUCCAGAAGAGACACGGGGUGGUACUUGAAGAGAAAGUAGAGCCUGCAUAACUGGACACGUUGCCUCGUCCCUAGCAGGAGGACAGCACACAAAUGCUUGAGGCACACGUCAUUCUACCGUCAUGUGCUGUGCAGGAGCUCAGAUGGCAGCUCAGGCUGUGGCAGCAGCUCCAAAGCUGGGAGGCUGCCCGUGUGGUUGCCAAGACAAAAACCUCUGUCUUGUAGUCCUCAGAUCUCCUUGGCUUUCACUGUUCUUUGGAUUUUAAAUUUAAGCAUCUUCCAAACUGUGGGGGGCAUUGUAGGACCUAUGCGUUUCCCUAUGUGGGACAUUGGUCAGUUUAUAGCAGUUUUUUAAAGCAGUGGGGUUUUUUUGAAGAAAGAAGUAAAAGAAAAAAAAAAAAAAAGAUACAUUUUAGUUACGCUUAUAAUGCAAAAAAAGCCCGCUGGUUUCUGUUGUGGAUUUUCUCAGCACUUAACAUGUUUAUGUGUGUAAACUUUGAACUAUUUUACAUUUCCCUUUCUGAAAUCUAUUUUAAUAAAACAAAUACCAAAACAAAGUGCCUUGAGAACAAGUGUAUGGCCAGAGAUACGCUGACAAAGUAU